AUGGAUUCAAUAGAAUUGAAAGAAAAUAAGUUAACUAAUGUAAUUUGUAUAAAACAUAUUAUUGUGUUAAACUAUGGUGGUAAUUUCUUGUAUUAUUUCAGGUUGAAAAUGUAGUUUAUUACAUACCAAAUUUUAUAACUGAACAACAAGAAGCAUAUAUACUAGAAAAAGUAAAUAAUGCGCCCAAGCCAAAAUGGUGUCAACUAAAGAACAGAAGGCUUCAAAAUUGGGGAGGUAUACCUCACCCAAAAGGGCUCAUACCUGAAAAAAUUCCAGAUGUAAGAAUUUAUUAAAAUUUAUUAUUUACUGGGACAUAAUUCUAAUAUAUACUAAAAUACAUGUUAUAAGCAGUGGUUAAAAGGAUUUGUUCAUCAAGUAGAAAGUCUCAAUGUGUUUCCUAAAACAAACAUGCCAAACCAUGUAUUAGUUAAUGAAUAUCUGCCUGGACAAGGAAUUAUGGUACAAAUUUAUAGAUGUUUAGAAUUGUUUCUUUAUAAUAAACUUGAUACAUUAUAGCCUCAUUUAGAUGGAAGUUUAUUUUAUCCAACUAUAAGUACUAUAAAUUGUGGGUCCCAUACUGUACUCAAUUUUUACAAGUUACCGAAGGUAAGAUUCUUUUUGUAAAAUUGUAUUUGUUAUUUUCACUGAUAGUUAAUACUAUAUAGUAUUUAAAAAACUAAAUAAUUUUGAAUGCAAUUAAAACUAAAAUUUGUUCUUUAUUUAUAAUCUCAAUAUUUAGCUAUUAUUUUUUAAGACAGUAUCAAAAAUGAUAAGUUAAUAAUAUUAUUCUGUAACAUUUACAUAUAAGUAGUGUCUUUAGUUUUAUUGUAAAGUAAAUUUUCUAAAAUUUAUUUUUUUGAAUUAUGAAAUAAGCUUUUUAAUCUAAAAAUGUUUAAAGUAUAAAUAUUAAUAGUUAAAGUAUGUUACAAUUUUAGUUUUUAUUCUAGGAGAUAGGUAAACUCAAUGUUUAGCUUAUUAAAUAAGAAGUUUGUAAUUUGCAUCUAAUUAACCCAUGAAUAAAAAGGUAUAUAUUACCCUCAUAGGAACAUGUGCAGUAACUAUACAAUUGUCAAAAAUGAAAUUAAAAUAAGUUAUUAUUUUCAUAUUCUCUUUUAUUACUAAUGUACCUUAAAAUUGAUUUUAUAAUGCUGCCGUAACUAUACGUUUUGGUGUUUAUAAAUAUUCCAACAUUAAUAGAAUAAAUCUCAGCAAGUUGAUUUCCUGUGUUAAUUACUCGUAAUAGAUUUUAUACUGCAUAUAUCUUUAGUAAGUAAAACUAGAUCCAGUUGGUGUCAUUGUAUAUUAACUACAGUUUAAAAUGGUAUUUUCCAUUAAAAAUUAUAAUUUUAUUGAAAAAUUUACCAUAUUUUAGAAAGUUAAGUGUGGUUUACAUAUUAAUAUUUAACACAUUGACUAACAUUACCGCUAUAGCAGUUAUAUGAAAAAUGUUAUAUCAACAGUGGCGAAGCAGGUAUUUUUUUUUAAUGAUAUUAAAUUAUAGAAGGCAGUGUACUGCCACAUUACAGCAGUCCACACUGUCAGUUAAUAUUGAUUUUGGGUGUAGGUAUAGCAUUGAUAAUGUAACAGUAAAAAUAAUAUUCAAAGUUAUCAAUGUGUUAAUGGCCAUACAAUAUAAUACUUACUGGUAAAUUUUAUUGUCUGAUAUAUUAUACCAAAACAAAUUUAAAAUGUUGAUUACACAAUUAAUCUCGAUAUAUGUACUAAACAAGUAAAAAGUGUAUGUUUAAAUAUCCAAUAUUAAUGAUGUAAAUUACAAACUUUAUAUUAGUACAUACACCUAUAUCUCAUACCCAAUAAUUUGCUCUAAAACAUAAUAUAAUAAAAUAAGACUUAUUAAAUUUAUUUAGGAUAGAUUAUUUUUUGUUUAAUGCAUAUUAAACAUUACAUGUUUAAUUUUAUUUUAUAUAUAUUAGGGUGGUCCUUAUUUUGCCAAUUUUAAUAUUUUCUUCGGGACACCUGCAUAACAAAAAACAAAUCCUUAUAUUUUAAAGUCAUUUGGAUAAUAUUCAAUGUAGGUGCAUGGUGUUUCAAUAACAAAACAAUUGCAUGAAACCAAUGGAAAUACUUACAAACGACCACAAAUCAUUUCAUUGGUGGUCAAACAGUAGGGGAAUGAGGGUAACAUAUCCUUCUACAUUGAGUAAUUUUUCUUAAACAUUUAUAAUAAUAUAUAGAAUAGCUUUUUUUAAAUAUGCUCAGGGUUUAUUCCAUUUUAAUGGUAAAAUUAUGCAUAAAUUCAAAUUCUAUUUGAAAUUUCUAAGUGUAAUCUGAGAAGUUAUCAAAUGUGGUUUCUCAAAUGAGAACAUGUUUUAAUGUCAAUCAGAUGAUCUUUCUAAGUUAUUUUUAAAAUAAAAAAUUAUCUAUACACAUGAAAUAGAUGGUAUCCAAUCUACAAUAAAUGUUAUUAUCCUUAUUAUUUAAAGCAUAAAAACUCAAAAACUUUUCAUUCAAAUUUUGUUUACAAUAUGUCAACAUUUUCAAAAAAAUCAUCAGAUUGAUAAUUUUCAUAAAACAUGCAAGUUCUCAUUUGAAAAACUUAAGUUGUUUCCGCUACAGGAGACUCCUUAAAUCUUGUGAAAAAUCUAAGUAUGCGAAAAUAUUGUUGUUCAUUCAAUGCACUUAAAAAUUCCAAAAAUUAAAGUUAAAAUGUAUGCAUAAUUUAAGAAUACAAAUGCUUAAAUCACCUUGUAUAUUGCAUUAUUUUUUUAUAGUUAUAAAAAAAAAUAUUAAGUGAACAUUAAUUGUUCCAAAAAAUGAUUCUUAUCCCCCACCCCAUGACAAAAUCAUUUAAUCACCACUGGAUAAUUUUUUUUUUUUUUUUUUUUUAAAUGCCCUGGGGCUUUAUUAUUGAAACAACCUGAUGGUCUUUAUAAAUAUGUUUAACAGGAUAUAUCUUACAUACUAGAUGAUAAUAUAUAUACAUUACACAUUGAUGAAGUCACACUUCCAAUGAAGUGGCUCCUGUACUUAAUUUAAACACUUGAUAUCUAACAGUUCGAUGGCCAUUGGGUUGAUAUGGUCCUCUAAUUUCCUCUCGUGUUUAUGAUCAAACUUUUGGAUUUCUUCUUUCUUCUGCUAUUGUAGGCAGCAUCAUAUCGCGGUGAAACUGGAUAAUUUAAAAUUAUUUUUAUUUUUUAAAUAAAAAACAACCUAUUUUAAUCCUUAGAUCUUAAUGUCUAUUUUGAUACUAAAUACAUGGGGAUUGUUCAAGAGUAUCAGAAAUCAAUUGAAAUUAACAUUUCUUUAUGAAAUUACCUGUUUUAUAUUAAAAUAGUUAAACUUAUAAUAUUAACAAAGUACAGUAGAGUUACAACUCGAAAAUAACUCGAGUCUUGAUAAAACAAAAAACUUAACAAUUCAAAUUUAUUUUUAGCAAAACAUAAAAUAAUGAUAAGCCUAAGUGAUUAAAAUAGUUAAUGGCUGUAAUAAACUGCUUAUUAAUUUCUUAAAGUCUUCAAUUAAUAUAUCUCCAUGUAGCCAUGUAUGGUAUUAAAGUCACUAAGAUCUUAAAAGAUAUCUUAGAUUUAAUUUAAAAAAAUCAAUUUUAAACAAUUUAUGGUUGUUUGUACACUAUUUUUGAUUUUAAAUAUUAAAACGUUGUGCGCCAUUAACUAAAUAUUAUCCAAAUGGCCUCAAACUUUGAGGAUAUAUUUUUUUUUUAUUAUACAGUACAAGAUAAGUGCCCCAAAAGAAAUUCUUAAAUUGGUAAACUAAGGACCACAUUAAUAUUUAUAAUAUUAAAUACCUAUAUAUAUUUAUAAAAAUUUAUAUUUUCAUAUUUUGUAGGUUGAAGAAGAAGUUGAGUCAAUCGACAAAGCAUACAGUUUGUUAUUAGAAAGAAGAAGUCUACUUGUUUUACAGGAAAAUAUGUACAACAAGUAUAUGCAUGGUAUUGAUGAGAUUAAAAAUGAUAUUAUUGAUGAUAGAAUUUCCAAUUUAAAAGUUUGUGGAUCACUCAUAAAUAAUGGAGGUUCAUUAAUAAGAAAUAAACGUAUAUCAUUGACUAUAAGAAAUGUUCCUAAAGUAUCAAAGUUUAAUUUGAACUCUUUGUUGACAAAACACUAA